GCUGCAAAGAUGGCGACCUCCAGGUUGGAGAAGAAUUUUUUGCGGCUGUUGGUGAGAUGCGAGACAAUGGCGGCGGAAAAGAGGGAAGAGAAGGACUGGCGGCUGGAUAAGUAUGUAGGAGCUCUUCAAGAAAUGUUGGUUGAAAUGAAGAAGCUGGUCAGCAAACCAGCCCCUGAGGUACUAAAUGAAUAUACCCGCAAAGUGGAAUUUAUGAAAGGGCUUUUGGAGGCUGAGAAACUGCCUAACCCUUCAGAGAAGGCUCUGGCCAAUCAGUUUUUAGCUCCUGGGAGGACAUCAACAACUGGAAAGGAAAGGAUAUCCGCCACUCGAACAGUUCACCUCCAGACAAAAGCCAGAUACACGGGGGAAAUGCGGAGUGAGCUCCUCGGCCUGCCGUCCCUGUCUUCAGAUGGUUCUGAAAUCACUGAAUUGAGAAAACGAAGUGGACUGGAGGAGGAGAAACAAUCUGCCACCGACCUGGAUGUCGUUCUCCACCGCCACCACAACAUGCAGGAGCGCCUUGCCGAGGAGAUGCUGAGCCUGGCCCGUAACUUGAAGAACAACACGCUGGCGGCACAGAGCGUUAUCAAACAGGACAACCAGACGCUGACCCAGUCGCUGCGAAUGGCAGAUCAAAACUUUGAGAAGUUGAAGGUGGAGUCUGAGCGUCUGGAGCAGCACACGAAGAAAUCCGUUAACUGGCUGCUCUGGCUGAUGUUGGUGGUGGUGUGCUUCACCUUCAUCAGUAUGAUCCUCUUCAUCCGUAUCUUCCCCAAGCUCAGGUGACCGAAGAAUCGUCGUUUUCCACCGCCCCAACCCAGCCAAUACCACCUCUGGACCGCACCAAACGCACACAGGUCGUUGAGAGGGGUGGGGUGGGG